AUGACCAAAGUCGCUAGUGUUGAGAUCGAUACCCCCGUCGGCAAAGGCGAGGGCAAGAUCAGGCGCUCCUACCAGGCGCCUGACCGCCUCCUGGAACGUCCCGCUGAAGGCAUCAACACCAUGGCCGACGUCUUCCUCAAGGCUCGCGAACGCUUCCCCAACAAGCCCAUCAUGGGUUGGCGAGACGUGGUUCGAAUGCACGACGAACAGAAGGAGAUCACCAAGGUCGUCGACGGCAAAGAGGUCAAGGAAACCAAGACGUGGCAGUACUACGAGCUCUCCAACUACAAAUACAUCACCUACAACGAGUUUGAAGAGCGCAUUCACCACGCUUCCAGCGGUCUCCGCAACCUCGGCCUCUCGAAAGACACGCGCUUCAACAUUUACGCCACCACCGCUAUCAACUGGCAGAACAUGGCCCACGCCUGUUUCCGUCAGAACAUCCCCUUCUGUACCGCUUACGAGACGCUCGGAGAAGAAGGCCUUCAGCACUCGCUCAACGAGCCCGAGGUCGUCGGUAUCUUCACCAAUGCAGAGCUGCUCCCUACGCUUGCCAACGUCAUUGGCAGCACCGAGACGGUCAAGUACGUCAUCUACGACGGCGAGCCCGACGAGAAGCACCUCAACAAGGUGCGCGAGGCUAUCUCUGCACGCCAGGGCAAGGUGCUCACCAUCGAUGAGCUCCGGGAGGAAGGUAAGGCCAACCCUGCUGAGGGCAACCUCCCCACCCGCGAUGACAUUGCCUGUAUCAUGUACACUUCCGGUUCCACCGGCGCUCCCAAGGGUGUCAUCCUCACGCACGGCAACCUCGUCGCCUCGGUCGCUGCCGUCGAGCUCCACGUCGGAGACCUGCUGAACGUCGACGACACCUUCAUCGCUUUCCUGCCGCUUGCCCACAUUCUUGAGUUUAUCGUCGAGUGCACCAUGAUGUACGUCGGUGUGACCAUGGGUUACGGAAAGGUCAAGACCCUCACGCAGGCUUCGGUACGAAACUGCGACGGAGACAUCAAGGCGCUCAGGCCCAGCGUUAUGGUCGGUGUUCCCGCCGUCUGGGAGCUCAUCCGAAAGGGCAUCGUUUCCAAGGUCAAUGCUGGUGGCUCGAUCAAGCAAAAGGUGUUCAACGGCGCCAUGACGCUCAAGAAGAACAAUGUGCCCAUCCUCGGGUCGGUCGUCGACAAUGUCGUCUUCAAAGCGGUCCGAGAGCAGACGGGCGGACGUCUUCGCUUCGUCUUGUCCGGUGGCGCUCCGCUGUCCAAGGAAACGCAAGAGUUCCUCAACACGGCUCUCGUGACAAUCCUGCAAGGAUACGGCCUCACGGAGUCGUGCGGUAUGACUGCUAUUCUCCACCCCAAGUUCUACACCUUUGGCAGUGUGGGUGGAUGUGUGCCUGCCGUCGAGGUCAAGCUUCGCGACGUUCCGGACGCCGGCUACUUCCACACCAACAAUCCUCCGCAGGGCGAGGUUCUCAUUCGCGGACCCUCGGUCACCAAGGGCUACUUCAAGCGUGACGAUGUCAACAAAGAAUCGUUCGAGGACGGAUGGUUCCUCACCGGCGAUGUGGGACAGUGGAAUUCCAACGGCACCCUUUCGAUCAUUGACCGCAAGAAGAACCUGGUCAAGCUCUCGGGCGGCGAAUACAUUGCUAUCGAGCGUCUCGAAAGCACGUACAAAUCGUCCAACCUGGUCUCCAACAUUUGCGUCCACGCUAACAGCGAUGCCAAGCAGCCCAUGGCCAUCAUCUUCCCGCGCGAGGACAACCUCAACUCGGCAGCGCAGAAGGCAGGCAUCAAGGGUGCCGACCUCGAGGAGCUGUGCAAGAACAAGGAGGUGAUCAAGCUGGUCAAGGACGACGUCAACCAGACGGGCAAGAAGGCUGGAUUCAAGAACCUCGAGAUGCUUCAGACUGUCUUGCUGGUGCCAGAGGAGUUGGCCAUGACAGCAGCUCAAAAGCUGUCGAGAAAAGACAUUAUCAAGAAGUACGAGAGCGACAUCAAGCGUGUCUACAUGUGA